AUGAAAAUUUCACUGAACACUAACAUUGACCUCGGGUACACAUUAAGAAACAGCAACAAUCCUAAUGAUGCUUUUAACAAAGAAUUCUCAAACGUCCAAUCCAUUAAAAUCUACACUGAUGGAAGCAAAAAUUCAGCAAGUAAGUCUGUUGGUUCUGCUUGUGUAUGCCCUGAACUUAAUGUUAUCAAAACUAAAAGCAUUAUUAACAAGGCAUCUAUCUUCACAGCUGAAUGCAUAGCUCUGUCGGAUGCCUUGGACAUUGCUCUUGAAUACAGCGAUCGCAACGUAGAUAUUUUCACCGACUCAUUAAGUCUCGUACUGGCUCUGAAUAGCCCGAAAAACAAAACUGACAUCAAUUUUCACGUCCUAGAAAUCCGACAUAAGUAUCUAACGUUUCUAAAAAAAUCAUCGGGUGAAUCGUCAAUCACUAUUUACUGGGUUCCCUCACAUGUAGGCAUACUCGGCAAUGAACUAGCAGACGAACACGCUAAACUCGCUACCAAUUAUGCUCCUACCGUAAAACAUAUACCAUAUAGCGAUCACAAACAACACUUUAAAAAGUUCAUAAGUAAUCAAACACUAAAUAGAAUUCAAAACGAAGCUAAAAUCAAAGGUAAAAAAUUUUUUUCGAACUACUACCAAAACAGCCCUAAGCCUUGGUUCAUUGAUCCUUCUCUUGGUAGAGACCUUAUAGUCUUUAUAUGCCGUUGCUGCAGUAAUCACCACAGCCUCAAACAAUCUCUACAUAGAAUAAAUGUUGUUAGUGAUGCUAUAUGUGACUGCGAAUGGGGGGUACAAGAUUUGAACCAUCUCAUAUGGCAAUGUCCACUGUUUGACAACGAGCGAAAACACUUAAUGAGAGACCUACGACGCGCUAAACAAUACCCUCCGCUUGAUAUUAGUUCCUUUCUAGUCAAACCGAAUAUUCAUGUUAUGCAAUUAGUGCUUAAAUUUCUCACAAAAUGUAACGUUAAAAUCUAA